AUGGCAAAGCUCGUGCCAUAUGUGUGGACGUGCCUAAAGUCUCGGGCGGAAGCGAAAGUCGAUCUGACCCUGCCGAUCCCCGCAGUGAGGUUGGCGGGCGACUUCGAGAAAGUUGCAGAGCAGCAGCAGCACGAGACCGACUUCAGCUCCUUACAACAACCUUCAACUGCCGUCAAGAUGGGGAACGCAAACUCGCAGAUGCUCGAGAACAUCGUGCAGGGGAGCAAUUUCGACAAGGAGGAAGUCGAUCGCUUAAGAAAACGGUUCAUGAAACUCGACAAGGACAACUCCGGCACAAUCGAGCGCGAUGAAUUCCUCGCCCUCCCCCAAGUCUCCUCCAACCCGCUCGCAACCCGCAUGAUCGCGAUCUUCGACGAAGACGGAGGCGGCGACGUCGACUUCCAGGAGUUCGUGUCCGGGCUGAGCGCCUUCAGCUCAAAGGGAAACAAGGAGGAAAAGCUACGGUUCGCAUUCAAGGUGUACGACAUUGACCGUGACGGCUACAUCAGCAACGGCGAGCUUUUUAUCGUGCUCAAGAUGAUGGUGGGCAGCAACUUGAAGGACCAGCAGUUGCAGCAGAUAGUGGACAAGACGAUUAUGGAGGCGGAUCUGGAUCAGGAUGGCAAAAUCAGCUUCGAGGAGUUUACCAAGAUGGUUGAGAAUACGGAUGUUAGUAUGAGCAUGACUUUGGACCAAUUCUAG